AUGCAGGGAAGCGAGGAGAGCUCCUCCAGCGAUGCUGACUCAGUUGAGAACUUUGACAGAUCUUCGAAGCCUCUGCGUCAACCGGCCGUUGCCCGGCUGCAGAGUCACAGCAGUGACAGCGACAGCAGUGCAGAGGUCCAGCGUGCCAUUGAUGAGGAUACCUCCGAAAGUUCCAGCGACAGCAUCUCCCAGGCACACAGCCGAGCUCGAACAGCCCAAUCCGCUCCGGUGUCCAAGGCAAGCAGCCCGGCACGAACUGCACAGUCUCCUUCCUCGCCCCAUGUAGAGGUAGAAAAGCGAAGUGAUCGUGACAAAGAGACAGAUGGCCCAGCACCAACGCCUCCCGAGCAGGUGCUCCCGUCCGACGUGCCGACUUCGCCGACGCAGAGCGCGCGGACGGUUGACGUGGCUCAAGGCCAAACACAGAGAGAGGAAGUGUCGGAUGAGCCGAAUGAGAGCAGGCCUCAAGUCGCUGGUGUGCGAGAUGCUGUGCCAGACGUGGCAGAGGAGCUGCAGAGACCGACGGCAGAAGAUAUCGCGAGGCGCCAAAGAGAGCAGCGAUUGCAGACCCGUCGCCUGGAAGCAGCUCUUUGGAAUUCGCUGUGCAUGGAAGACAGGGACAAGCUUCAAAACAUGCUGCAGGUCAUUGAGGAUUCCAAAAGUCAACUUCGUCGAAGUAGUGCAGAAGAAGUGGAUCUGCAGUCGGUCCUGGACAACAAGGACCCAGCAUGUCAAGACUUGCGCCGCCGACUGGAGAAAGCUGAGCAAGAGGCUCGGCUGGCAAGAGAGCGGGAGCUGCGCAGCAUUGACCAGAUCACUCGCUGGGACAGCAAGAGGCUGCACUGUGAAGAGGCCAGCGAGGGUGUGGAGUUGUUACGACUGUCCCUGGACAACGUGAAGGCUGAGCUAAAGCGGCUGGAGCAUGAAGCAGAGCCAGGGCGCUCCUGGCUUCACAGUCUUCGUGAAAGGCAGAUGGCAAGUCAGGAAAAUGCCAGACUCAGUGCAUCUCGAUUGACAACUUUGAAGGCUCAGUAUCCGCAGAGAGUCGCAGAGCUGAAGGCAUCGCAGGUGCAAGAAAUGGCAGACCUACGCAGUUCGCAGGCUGAGGAGCUUCUGAAGCUGGAAGUUGAUUGGACGACACAGGUGUCCGACAUGAAGUCCAAUCAUUCCGAGGAUGUGCGCAGCUUGAAGCAGAGCUUGGAGGAGACGACACGCCGUUCUCAGAGGAUGACUCGCGAUCGGGAUGAUGCACGUGAGCAAGCUGUUGCGAGACAGCGAGAGGGCUCGCGUCUUCAGCAACAGUGUGCUGACGCCCGCCACGAGGUGCUCGAGAUGUCGGCUCAGGUUCGCCUGAUGCAUCCGGCAGGGCCAGGACAGGGUUUGACAAGAUCCUUUUCUGCUUCCUUUCUCGAUUCUCCGCUCCUUUCCAUCAAGGAUGCCCAGUGCACAGAUGCCGAGAUGCUCGACCUCAGGCAAAGAUGCAAGGAAUUGGAGCGGCAGUGUACCAGGAUGCACAGCCUGCUGGAGAGAGGACAAGAGGCCUGUGAGCGGUGGCGCCGUCAGGGGAUAAGUGCAGCUGCUGCCGGCAUAGACAGUGCCGACGAUGCUGGCGGGCGGCCUGAGCCUUUUGCGCCAGUGCCUCGUCAUCCGCCAUCACGAACGCAGCGGGCCGGUUCAACACAUGAAAGCGCGAGGCUUGGACCGCAGGAUUCCAUGGAACCAGCCAGGACCGGAGCUCACGAUCUUCGUGUCAGCCAGUCAGUCAACCUAAGAUUUUGCGUAACUUUCGUUGACCAGGACUGA